CCACGUAGGUCCUGACGCCUUCACGCACUGACCCAGGCGGCUGCCGGAGGUUCCGCCCCGGAAUACUGCCCGUUUCCACGGCAGGGGAAAUGACCUCGUCCGCCGCCUCUGCCCAGAAGCGGGACCACCACGUGCCCCGGAGAUGGAAGGCGAGGACAGGUGCGUCAACAGCCAGGUGCCCCGAAUGGCUGCCAAAUGAUUCCCUGGCAGGGUCCUCCCCACAGCCACCUUCCGUGGGCAGCCGGACAAGCCUGGAAGAUGAGGGAUGGACCUGUCUGCGCUGCGGGGCCCCGGGGAGAGGGCGGGGCGGAGGCUGGGGCCAGCGCGCAUGCCCAGGGGAGCGGGGCCUCCUUCGCCUUGGCCUCCCAGCGCCCGGGCGAGGUUCCCCUCCCCUCCCCUCCCCCUCUGCAGGCCACGGAGGGGCCUUCCUGCGCCGAGGGGGUGCCCGGACAGUCCCUUAGAAAGGAAGCCUGCGGCCCUGCACGAUGGGACUGGCCAUCUCCAAACCCUGGUUCCUUCCCGCCUUUAAAACACAACGUCUUCAUCCGAAGCUGCAGGGCCAGACAACAGCAUGAUGUAACUCGCAGCCCAAGCAGCCGACUUAUGUCUGAAGAAUCCACAUGUUUUAGGUGUUUGGGGAGAGAGCUACGCCCUCUUUCUCAUGGGAACGGGCAGGCGCCCCGGAGCCCGCAGGACCCUCCCCGCCCAGGCGGCCCUGGGAACAAGCUGGCGGCGGCCGCUGGAGCCGGCGGACUGAUGACAAUCGCAGACUCCGCCGGAACCGCGGGCCUGGGCGCACAGACAGGGCAAGCCCCCUCGUCCAGGCCGUCGAGUCUGCUGACCAGUCGCAGCUCUGCCCGCUGGAGACACGUGGAGGGUGGCUCACCGGUCCCCCGGCCCCCCGGUGCCCCCGGCUGUGACGCACGCCAAGUGACCGUGCCCUGGAUCCCACGGCAAACAGAGCGCCCCGUGCACCAGGCAGCCGCCAGCACAGCGCGGGACCGGACGUGCGUGCGGUCACGACGGGGCGGCCGGGAGCCUGGAAUCCAGCAGGAUCAAAGGCCAAAAAGUUUUCAAGGCGGAGAAGCUUGAAGGCGGGGAAGGGCGAGGGGAGCCGUCCCGGCCUCUACACAAAGCUGCACAUCGUAAGUCGCAGGCGUCUCUCCCCCCGGCGAGACCAGGGCAAGCCCGAGAGAGGGGAAGACUGGCUUGUCCGGGUCCAGGCUGGGUCCUCGGGCGCCACCGGCGAGGGACGCGUCCCCAGUCUGUCCCGGAGAGAGCCGGAGCACGAGGGCUGAGGGUCAUGUGUGCCCCUGCGUGCAAGGCGCACACUUGCUCUCAGCUCCUCCGAACUGCAGACACGGAGCUUCUGCACGGCGAGACCCCAGAUGAUAGAGAGUCUGGUCCCAUCCGACAGGUGGGGACACUGAGGCACCCCUGGGGGCUGACCUGCACACGGCUCUGGUCCCGUCCAGUUUCCCCACUCUUAGUCUAGAACCUUCUCCCUGAACCUCAGCCAUCUGGGGAAAGGAGCCAAGGGUCGUAGACAUGCGGCCUCCUUCAGACACCGACGUGGAGGCAAGGGGGCAGCACGGUGGCCACUCACGGCCACGCCGUCCGUCCGCUCGGGCUGCUGCUGUCACACGCCACGGCCUGGCCAGCCACUUCUCCCAGUUCUGGAGGCCGAGAGCCCGAGAUCAGGCUGCCCACAGAUUCGGUUCCGAGCGAGAGCCCUCCCCCUGGCCGGCAGAGGGUCGUCUCCUCCCCGCGUCCUCACUCGGCGGGAGAGAGCUCUGGUCCGCCCCCUACGCCUGUAAGGACCCUCGUCUGACCACACCACCAUCAUUACUCACCCAAACCUAAUCACCUCGCAAAGCCCCCCAAUACCAUCACAUGGAGGGUUAGGGCUUCGACGUGGAACUGAGAGUGACCCAUUCAGCCCGUAGACCCAUCCUUGGCUCCCCAGUACUCCUGGAGGGAAAUGGGUCACCGCUGAAGAGGUGCAGACUGUCACUGUAAACUCAAGGGGGCACCAGUCACAUGGCGGUCUACGGACAGACCCCUGGAGUUGUGCAGUGCACAACCUGCACAAUCAUCCACA